AUGGCCCCAUCCUACGCCUUUGCUCUCGACCCAAUGGAUUUAAUAUACGACAACAAGCGCUCCUCCCUUUUCAAACGCGCCCCCGAAGAACCACCUACCACCCCUCCCCAUGGAAGCGAUGACUCUAAAUCAGCAAACCCCGCGGUCAUCAUUGGUGCAACCGUCGGUACCCUGGCUCUCGUCUUUGUGCUCUCGCUCUUUUACUGUUGUAUGCGCAAACGCCAGGCCUCCCGUCGGAUCGGACAACUCCAACAUUUCCUCCCAACGUUUAUGGAUCAAGAAAAAACCGAGAAGUACUUCCAGCAGCAUAACUCGUCCUCGACCCUCGUCGUCCCCGGCACCAACCCUACGUCUACAUCUGGAUCAAAGGACCCCUCGCAGCUUACGAAUGCUCAUCCCCGUGUUCGGUCGGCACCUAUUGCGUUUGCUAAAGGGGUGACGGAUCAUCGGAACCGGCAGCUUGAACGUGAUGGAUCCUUGGGGCAAUUCCAGCAGAUCUCUUUGGCCUCCGAGGAUGCUGUGACCCCACCCCAUGUGCAUGACCAGAAGGAUGAGAUUAUCCCCCGUCGUUCGCUUUCUAGAAACGGUGGAUCUAUCCGCGCUCGAGCCUCAACCGUCACUGCUCCCCCACCCGUUGUGAGCUCUCUGCACCGCAGCAUUAGCCUCAACAAGCACGGCUCUCGUCCUAUCAACAGCCGCUCCAACCUCGAGGAUGAGGAGGAGGAUGAAGAGGCUGCCAAUGCUGACCGCUUCGCCGAGGGUGAAUCCCUCAUUGCCCCCAACCGGUUCUCGACCCUCCUGGAAUUGAGCCCCGCAGAUUUGAACAACAUCAACAAUGCCAACCGGUUUUCGGCAACUUCUUACAAUGGCGGGUUGGACCCUGUCUUUGACCCAACCCAGUUCUCGACGGCCUCGGUCAUGUUUGACGCCAAGCGCAUCUCCAAUCUCUCGACUGCUUCUUCGGAGGAUUCAGUCUCGACCUCUUCCUCAGACGAGUUCAACGACCACCUGCCCCCACACCAGAAACACCAUUCCUUCCAUAGUCAUCAUACCUCGCCCACGAUGAGAAGCCGCGAGAUUGCAACCGAUGUACCCGGGCCUAUUGUCCCCAACCACCCUGCCUACAUCGGUGAUAAACAAGAAUUGGAUGAGGACGACGACAUUCCGACUCCUUCUGUCUUCCACCAGAACCAGAACUUGCCACAGUUCCAUGUCAGCACACCUUCGUCCAUAUCCAGCCAGGGCACGCCUUCAAGCUACCCUCAGCAGCAGCAGGUAGGAGGUCCCCCAUCCUUCUACCCCCCACAGCAACAGCAUAAUACCCCAUGGCCCUCGGGUAACCUGCCGAUGGCGAUGCCCGUCCCGCAGCCCUACCAGCCACCAAACGUCCUCGUCUCGAAGGCUGAAGAGAGCGAAGGCGAUGCCCGCUAA